GACUCUGUCAUCUACGAGAGACUGGCGGACAGCUCCAAGUACAGAAACAUCACUCUUAACCACCUGGAGCAGUUUGCUACAGAGGGUGAGCUAUCAUUACACUGUUCUCUCACGCAUUCCAAUGGUGUUGUUAUGGAGUAGGACUAUCUAGCCAAUGAACCUUUUUACAUACAAGUAUAGUGUUGUUGUUUAACGUUGUCAUAAGUAUCUGGUUAUACUGGCUUUGUGUAGAUCUGAGAGGAUCUGAUGGGGUUAACCUAUUUGGUAGUAGCUCCAUCUUGCUCUCUGAUAGGCUGGGCAGAAUUUUCACCAUGUUUCUUAUACUUAUCCAAUCCUCUCAGAUCUAUUCAAGUAGGGGGCGGGGCUUGUAUCUGUACAGGAGCAUUGUAUCAUCUCUCUCUCUCUCUCUCUCUCUCUCUCUCUCUCUGUCUGUGUGUCUCUCUCUCUCGCUGUGUGUGUGUCUCUCUCUGUGUGUGUGUGUCUCUCUCUUUCUCUCUGUCUCUCUCUCUCUUGCUGUGUGUGUUUUGUCAGGACUAAGGACGUUGUGUUACACUGUGGCCAACAUCUCAGAUGAGUCAUACGAGCAGUGGGCCGAGUUGUACCAGAGAGCCACCACAUCCCUAACCAACCGAGCUCUGAAAAUGGAGGAGAGUUACGAGCUCAUCGAGAGGGUAAACGAUAGGAAAACUCAUCUUUACAAUAAAAUAAAGACACACACCGUAGACCUAGAACUUGUUUUUCCAAAGGAUCCCUGCCCUCUGGCUGUCAGAAAAUACUAUCAUAAAGCGACAGUAUUUCCCAUGAUGAGAUAGUACAAAAUACAUUCUUUCAAGUUUUCAGGAUUUUGAUUCUAAAUGUAGCUACAAUUUGGCAUUGGUGUAGCCUGGCUCCAUAUCUUUAUGUGCUUGAUUAAGCUUGACGGAGUGCAGGGUGGGAAGAAUUUGCACUUCUGCCACUGCUCCAUUGGUUCCGUUGUACCAGGUAAGCUAUAUCAAGUGCACCUCAAGUAUUUGAAAGUAUUUUACUUGUAUUUCUUUCCAGAACCUGCAGUUGCUUGGUGCCACAGCCAUAGAGGACAAGCUACAAGACAAAGUCCCCGAAACCAUAGAGACUCUGCUCAGAGCUGACAUCAAGAUCUGGAUCCUCACCGGAGACAAGCAGGAGACUGCCAUCAAUAUAGGUGAGGAGACAGGCUGACUGACUGGCUGGCUGACUGGCUGACUGACUGACUGACUGGCUGACUGGCUGACUGGCUGACUGACUGGCUGACUGGCUGACUGACUGACUGACUGACUGACUGGCUGACUGACUGGCUGACUGACUGACUAGCUGACUGACUGACUAGCUGACUGGCUGACUGACUGACUGACUGACUGACUGACUGACUGACUGGCUGGCUGGCUGACUGACUGGCUGACUGACUGGCUGACUGGCUGGCACCACUCACACACCUCCACCUGCAAAUACACGCUAAAAGUGCUCAGACCCACUUGGGUCCACUAUAGAUCAGUACCGUCAAAUGAAAUCCUUCUUGCCCUCUGCCUCUCAAGGUCACUCGUGUAGGCUGCUGAGGAAGAACAUGGGGCUGUUGGUCGUGAACGAGGAGACACUGGAAGUAAGUAUCAAUCCCGACCUCUCCCUCCUGUUGUCAACAACGGGAAACAAAACACAAGAACUGGAUAUGAGGCCUUUUCUGUUCUGAGCAUGUCAUUCAUAAAUGUAUUAUUAUGACGCUAGCAACACCACGGCCGGGAGUUCCAUUCCCACAGGAACCACAUGUACAAAAAAUGUAUGCACUCACUGUACUGUAAGCUGCUUUGUAUAAAGGUGUCUGCUAAAUGGCAUACAUUCAAUAAGUUAUUAUCAUAUCUUAGGGGACGCGAGUGGCCUUGAGACAUCACUGUGGCAUGCUGGGAGAGGCGCUACACAGGGAGAACGACGUUGCCUUGGUGAUGGACGGCGAGACGCUGAAGUACGCCCUCAGCUUCGAGGUGCGCCAGUACUUCCUGGACCUGGCCCUAUCCUGCAAGGCCGUCAUCUGCUGCAGGUAGCCAAUCACAGCAAAGGAGCCCUCCAUUCAGACAGCUGCUAUGAAUUACAACUAAAGAUGUUACAGUACCAUGGUCCAGUACUUUACAAAGGGUUCAUAGAAAGUUGAUAAGCAGUUUAUAGACCAAAUCAUUGGUUCAAAGAUGAGUUAUUAAUCAGUCAUAAACAGCCAAACAAUUACUUCAAGUGGUGUGGUCAUCUCACGGUUUCAAGGAUUCAAAAUGACAAUCAAGCAAUUUCAACCAAUGAGAACCCUCCAUAAACAUAAUAAAGUCAGUAGGACAGUACUAACACUGGGGUGUAGAGUAGACAAUAAAUAGCAGCAAAGUUCAUGUAAAUGUUACUCCUCCAUAUAACAACAUCUGACAGACAGACGACAGAGUAAUGAGACACUAUAAACCAGGCCUCUCUAGCCCUGUUCCUGGAGAGAUACCCUCCUGUAAGUGUUCACUCCAACCUGUUCCUGGAGAGAUACCCUCCUGUAGGUGUUCACUCCAACCUGUUCCUGGAGAGAUACCCUCCUGUAGGUGUUCACUCCAACCUGUUCCUGGAGAGCUACCCUCCUGUAGGUGUUCACUCCAACCUGUUCCUGGAGAGCUACCCUCCUGUAGGUGUUCACUCCAACCCUGUUCCUGGAGAGCUACCCUCCUGUAGGUUUUCACUCCAACCCCAGUUGUAACUAACCUGGUUCAGCUUAUCAACCAGCUAAUUAUUAGAAUCAGGUGCACUAGAUUAGGGUUGGAGUGAAAACCUACAGAAGGGUAGCUCUCCAGGAACAGGGUUGGAGAGCCCUGCUAUAAACAAUCAUAUUCAGUCAUGAUACAAUAUCACGUGUGUCCCCAGGGUGUCUCCACUGCAGAAGUCGGAGGUGGUGGACCUGGUCAAGAGGCAGGUGAAGGUGAUCACCCUGGCCGUCGGUGACGGUGCCAACGACGUGGGCAUGAUCCAGACGGCUCACGUUGGUGUGGGCAUCUCUGGCAACGAGGGCCUGCAGGCCGCCAACUCCUCCGACUACUCCAUCGCCCAGGUAACCCGUCUAUCCCUUUAACGUAGCAUUGCUUCUGAAUGUAUUUGAGGACCGGUUUUUAGGGGGCGAUAAUAUCAUUUAUCGCAUUAUUUAACAAAGGCAAAUCGACUGUAUGAUUACAUUUUACAUUUACAUUUUAGUCAUUUAGCAGACGCUCUUAUCCAGAGCGACUUACAUAUUUUUAUUUUUAUUUUUUUUUUAUACUGGCCCCCUGUGGGAAUUGAAUCUCCACUUCCUCUUCUGUCUCCUCUCUAUCACUCUCUCCCUGCGGUUCUCCUCUUCUCUGUACUCUCUGUUCUCCUCUGUGUCUCCCGUGCUGGUCUCCUGCGCACCUGGUUCUACCAGGUCUCUCCUAGUCUCUCGUUCCUGCAUGUCAUCUGGAUUCCUCUUCCUCUCUAUGUCUGCUGUCUCUCUCUCUCUUCUCUGUCUCGUCUCUGUCUCUCUCUCUCUUUUCUCUCUCUGUCUCUCUCUCUGUUCGUCUCUCUCUCUCUCUGUCUCUCUCUGUCUGUCUCUCUUCUUCUUCUCCUCCUCUCUUGUCUCUCUCUCUCUCUCUCUCUCUCUUCUCUCUGUCUCUCUCUCUGUCUCUCUCGUUGCUGUCUCUCUGUCUCUCUCUGUCGUCUCUCUCGUUCUUCCUCUGUGCCUCUCGUCUCUCUCUUUCUUCUUCUCUCCGUCUCUCUCCUGUGUCGUCUCUCUGUCUCUCUGUUCUCCUCUUCUGCUCUCCUCUUCUUCUCUGUGUCUUCCUCUCUGUCUCUUCUCUCUGUUCUCUCUGCUCUCUUCUCUCUUCUCUCUCGUUCCUCUUGUCUCUCUGUCUCUGUCUCUCUGUCUGUGCUCUCGUGUCCUCUCCUCUGUUCUCGCUUGUCUGUCUCUGUCUUUCCUCUCUGUGUCUCUGCUCUGUCGUCUCUUCUCUGCUGUCUCUGUGUCGCUCGUGCUCUCUUGUCUGUCUCGUCUCUGUCUCUGUCGUCUCUUCUGCUGUCUCGUAUGUGCUUCCUAGGUCUCUCUCAGUCAGGGCUGCUUGUCUACGGCUGCCAUGCUCUUCUUCUAGUUUUACGAAUUGUUGUCCAUGGGCGUGGCUCUCAGAGGUGUCAAUGCUCGUACUGUUCUACGCUAGGUGUUCAGGUCUAGGCUCUCAUAGGCGCUUCAGUAGGGCUGCUUCAGUAGGGCUGCUUCAGUAGGUCUGCUUCAGUAGGGCUGCUUCAGUAGGGCUGCUUCAGUAGGGCUGCUUCAGUAGGGCUGCUUCAGUAGGUCGUCAGUAGGGCUGCUUCAGUAGGGCUGCUUCAGUAGGGCUGCUUCAGUAGGGCUCCAGUAGGGCUGCUUCAGUAGGGCUGCUUCAGUAGGGCUGCUUCAGUAGGGCUGCUUCAGUAGGGCUGCUUCAGUAGGGCUGCUUCAGUAGGGCUGCUUCAGUAGGGCUGCUUCAGUAGGUCUGCUUCAGUAGGUCUGCUUCAGUAGGGCUGCUUCAGUAGGGCUGCUUCAGUAGGGCUGCACAAUUCUGGUAACUUUCACAAAAUUCCCAGGUUUUCCAGAAGUCCUGGUUGGAAGAUUCCCAGAAUUAGGAAGGAAUAAGCAGGGAAAUCCAAAAUCCUCCAACCAUGAGUUUUAAAUUUGGGAUUGGGAUUUUGGGAAAACCUGUGAAUUUUGAGAAAGUUACCGGAAUUAUAAUAAUAUGCCAUUUAGCAGACGCUUUUAUCCAAAGCGACUUACAGUCAUGCGUGCAUACAUUUUUUUGUGUAUGGGUGGUCCCGGGGAUCGAACCCACUACCUUGGCGUUUCAAGCGCCGUGCUCUACCAGCUGAGCUACAGAGGAAUUGUGCAACCCUAUGUCAUCAACCUGGAUAUCAGUGCAUAAUAGAGAAACUCACUCAUUCAUCCUGUAUUUCAGAUCUGGUUUGCGAUCGUGAACGGAUUCUCUGGUCAGAUUCUAUUCGAACGUUGGUGCAUUGGUCUUUAUAAUGUGGUAAGUGUGUGUACACUCCUUAUUCACUCCCUGAUUUACCGCUUGGUGCAUGUGAAUGUAUCAUUUUUUGUCUAUGUAUUGUGUGUGUGUGACAGAUCUUCACAGCGAUGCCUCCUCUGGCCCUGGGUAUAUUUGAGCGCUGCUGCAGGAAAGAGAACAUGCUAAAAUACCCAGAACUCUACAAGACCUCCCAGAACGCACUGGGUUUCAACACUAAGGUACACCCUCCACUCCUUAACCCCUGUCUUCAUUAAUGCCUUGUGUAAAGGAGACGGGGGGGGCCUUACUCAUUUAUCAAUCGUGAGCAGCACGAAUUUGGGCGUGUAACGUUCGCAUAAUCUAUUUCACAGUUCAACAUUUGGGCAUUUACCAAGUUUUCAAAGCUAAACAGAUAACCGGACAAUGCCUGUACAAUAAAAAAAUGUGCAUAGCGUUAGGGGCUAAAGGUCCAUUUGGUAUUUGGAGCUAGGCCCUCUUAGUUAUGUUUCCCCUGUCCCGCUGCAGGUGUUCUGGGCUCACUGUCUCAACGGCCUCCUCCACUCUGUCAUCCUCUUCUGGCUCCCCCUGCAGGCCUUCCAGCACGGUACGCUGUGUGUGUCUGUCCUGUCUGUCUGUCUGUCUGUCUGUCUGUCUCAGUCCGUUCUAGUAUUAAGCAGUCCUGCAUGUUUGGUUUCUUUAUUCCAGACACUGUGUCUUGGAACGGGAAGACUCCAGACUAUCUUCUAUUAGGAAAUAUGGUUUACACGGUAGGUUGACUGAAUGCCCCCCCCAAAAAAAAGUCUGUUUUGUUUUUGGAUAGCCUUCCCAGCUCUCAAUGAAAUGUCUGAAAACACUUUGGUAAAAUUGUCACUGAAUUUCGUGUACACACAGUAGCAAGAGUUCAAUAGAGAUACCUCUGAUUUUCCAUAUCCUCAUGAAAUGUUGCUUGGUAAAGUGAUUUAGCGUUCUCUCUCUUCUUCGUCCCCAGUUUGUGGUGAUAACCGUUUGUCUCAAAGCUGGACUGGAGACUUCAUCCUGGACACUGGUGGGUUCAAUAGGCUUCCCAUUUCUGUCAUUCAGAAUAUGGCGAUGAGGAAACAGUUGGCAAGUGUGAUGUUUACCUGACACUCUCUGGUGCUCCCUCCUCCUCCGUAGUUCAGUCACAUAGCCAUCUGGGGCAGUGUCUGCCUGUGGGUGUUGUUCUUCUGGCUCUACUCCACCUUGUGGCCAGUUAUACCUAUUGCACCAGACAUGUCUGGGCAGGUAAAGUACUGAUCGCUCCAUUUCCAACAAUAUGCAUUUGUCGGAUAAAUAUGUUGCACAAUUUGCAACAAAGAAGCAAACUUACUAUUCACCUGUCGAAAGUUUUAAAUGUAUUUGUGUGUGUGUGUUGUGUGUGUGUUGUGUGUGUUGUGUGUGUUGUGUGUGUUGUGUGUGUGUGUGUGUGUGUGUGUUUUGUGUGUGUGUGUUGUGUGUGUUGUGUGUGUGUGUGUUGUGUGUGUGUGUGGUGUCACCUCAGGAGUGUUCUGGAUGAGUCUCCUCUUCAUCCCAGUCACCUCGCUGCUGUUUGACGUGGCGUUCAGAGUGUGAGUCCAGACCUUAAAGCAUACAGUACUAGCAUCUGAGGAACAACUACCCUUUAAGAUAACUUAGAUCUCUCUCUCAGGGUGAAGAGGUCUUUCUGGAAGAACCUGGUUGAUGAGGUGCAGGAGCUGGAGGCUAAUGCUCAGGACCCUGGAGUAGUGGUUCAUGGGAAAAGGUGUUUUUAUACCGUCUAACUGUAUUAUUGUGCGUGUGUGCAUGCUUUUUGUUUGACAUACUUGUGUGUGUGUGUGGUGUGUUUGUCUGAUUCUUCUCUGUGUGUGUGCAGCUUGUCAGAGAGAGCUCAGCUCCUGAAGAACACAUUUAAGAAGAACAGCAUAUCGUCAGCGUACAGCACUGAGUCCGUCCCUCAGAACAUGCUACGUGAGUCACACACAAUUGUCCAUCUCUUUGUGUUCCUUCUAUGUGUUCAUCAGUUGUACUGUAGAACAUUAACAUCAACAACACCACACUUUCUAAACCCAGAGGCACAACAUUGCAAGACUUCCAGAAACGCUUGCGAAACAGAGCAAGCAGACCAAACAGACCAAGCAGACCAAGCAGACCAAACAGACCAAGCAGACCAAGCAGACCAAGCAGACCAAACAGACCAAGCAGACCAAGCAGACCAAACAGACCAAGCAGACCAAGCAGACCAAAGCAGACCAAGCAGACCAAGCAGACCAAACAGACCAAGCAGACCAAGCAGACCAAACAGACCAAGCAGACCAAGCAGACCAAACAGAGCAAGCAGACCAAACAGAGCAAGCAGACCAAACAGACCAAGCAGACCAAACAGACCAAACAGAGCAAGCAGACCAAACAGACCAAGCAGACCAAACAGACCAAACAGACCAAACAGAGCAAGCAGACCAAACAGACCAAACAGAGCAAGCAGACCAAACAGACCAAGCAGGGGUUUGGGAUUUGGGAUUUGAGAAGUCAAUGAGAGAAGUGAAAAAUGCUUCCUUAGUUGUUAUUUUCUCGAAAUCUAAAGGCACAACCUAGAUUCGAGCCAAUGUCUUAAGUAGUUGAACAUGUUAUUACUCCAACCACAUGAAAGUGACAAACUGACACGUUUUAAUUUUCCAAAAAAACAACAACUUUAUAUCGAAGGAGUGCCUUUGAUUUGAUGGCCUGCACAUGGGAUAGAUAGACAUGUGAAGUCCCGAUGUCCCGAUGACGUGUUUCUACGCAUGAGCUUAGCUAGCCAACGUCGCCAUGACAUCGCCUACAAGCGUGAUCAGGGAUUUCUAUUGGAGAAGCAGUUUAUGUCCAUCUUCAUACUGUACUGUCUUUGACAACAUUUUUGACAAAAUUUCCCACAAUGCCAUUUGUCCCUCCCUCACUGCCCCCAUACACACGCAGGCAUGGAGGGGGUGAGAUUGUCAUUGUCACUCGAGGUGUGAAGGUUAGUGAGCCCCUCACAAGGUUGGAUCUCAGUGUACGUAAUGUAAUGUAAGGUAGGUAAACUUCCCUAGAGUCAUAGAGCUUUGACCGUGGUUAGGUUAGAAUCUUCCCUUUAGUUUGAAAACUUCCCUAGAGUCAUAGAGCUUUGACCGUGGUUAGGUUAGAAUCUUCCCUUUAGUUUGAAAACUUCCCUAGAGUCAUAGAGCUUUGACCGUGGUUAGGUUAGAAUCUUCCCUUUAGUUUGAAAACUUCCCUAGAGUCAUAGAGCUUUGACAGUGGUUAGGUUAGAAUCUUCCCUUUAGUUUGAAAACUUCCCUAGAGUCAUAGAGCUUUGACCGUGGUUAGGUUAGAAUCUUCCCUUUAGUUUGAAAACUUCCCUAGAGUCAUAGAGCUUUGACCGUGGUUAGGUUAGAAUCUUCCCUUUAGUUUGAAAACUUCCCUAGAGUCAUAGAGCUUUGACCGUGGUUAGGUUAGAAUCUUCCCUUUAGUUUGAAAACUUCCCUAGAGUCAUAGAGCUUUGACCGUGGUUAGGUUAGAAUCUUCCCUUUAGUUUGAAAACUUCCCUAGAGUCAUAGAGCUUUGACCGUGGUUAGGUUAGAAUCUUCCCUUUAGUUUGAAAACUUCCCUAGAGUCAUAGAGCUUUGACCGUGGUUAGGUUAGAAUCUUCCCUUUAGUUUGAAAACUUCCCUAGAGUCAUAGAGCUUUGACCGUGGUUAGGUUAGAAUCUUCCCUUUAGUUUGAAAACUUCCCUAGAGUCAUAGAGCUUUGACCGUGGUUAGGUUAGAAUCUUCCCUUUAGUUUGAAAACUUCCCUAGAGUCAUAGAGCUUUGACCGUGGUUAGGUUAGAAUCUUCCCUUUAGUUUGAAAACUUCCCUAGAGUCAUAGAGCUUUGACCGUGGUUAGGUUAGAAUCUUCCUUUUAGUUUGAAAACUUCCCUAGAGUCAUAGAGCUUUGACCGUGGUUAGGUUAGAAUCUUCCCUUUAGUUUGAAAACUUCCCUAGAGUCAUAGAGCUUUGACCGUGGUUAGGUUAGAAUCUUCCCUUUAGUUUGAAAACUUCCCUAGAGUCAUAGAGCUUUGACCGUGGUUAGGUUAGAAUCUUCCCUUUAGUUUGAAAACUUCCCUAGAGUCAUAGACCUUUGACAGUGGUUAGGUUAGAAUCUUCCCUUUAGUUUGAAAACUUCCCUAGAGUCAUAGAGCUUUGACCGUGGUUAGGUUAGAAUCUUCCCUUUAGUUUGAAAACUUCCCUAGAGUCAUAGAGCUUUGACCGUGGUUAGGUUAGAAUCUUCCCUUUAGUUUGAAAACUUCCCUAGAGUCAUAGAGCUUUGACCGUGGUUAGGUUAGAAUCUUCCCUUUAGUUUGAAAACUUCCCUAGAGUCAUAGAGCUUUGACAGUGGUUAGGUUAGAAUCUUCCCUUUAGUUUGAAAACUUCCCUAGAGUCAUAGAGCUUUGACCGUGGUUAGGUUAGAAUCUUCCCUUUAGUUUGAAAACUUCCCUAGAGUCAUAGAGCUUUGACCGUGGUUAGGUUAGAAUCUUCCCUUUAGUUUGAAAACUUCCCUAGAGUCAUAGAGCUUUGACAGUGGUUAGGUUAGAAUCUUCCCUUUAGUUUGAAAACUUCCCUAGAGUCAUAGAGCUUUGACAGUGGUUAGGUUAGAAUCUUCCCUUUAGUUUGAAAACUUCCCUAGAGUCAUAGAGCUUUGACCGUGGUUAGGUUAGAAUCUUCCCUUUAGUUUGAAAACUUCCCUAGAGUCAUAGAGCUUUGACCGUGGUUAGGUUAGAAUCUUCCCUUUAGUUUGAAAACUUCCCUAGAGUCAUAGAGCUUUGACCGUGGUUAGGUUAGAAUCUUCCCUGUAGAUUGAAAGACGGACCUUACUGUAGUCCCCGGGCUAGAAUAAAAUAUAUUGUUCUUAAUAUGAGAAUAAACUAUUGUGUAGAAUAUGUAUUAUGUAGGAUAAGUAUUGUUUGGGAUAUACACUAUAUAUACAAAAGUAUGUGGACACCCCUUCAAAUUAGUGGAUUCGGUUAUUUCAGCCACACCCGUUGCUGACAGGUGUAUAAAAUCGAGCACACAGCCAUGCAAUCUCCAGAGACAAACAUUGGCAGUAGAAUAGCCUUACUGAAGAGCUCAGUGAUUUUCAACGUGGCACCGUCAUAGGAUGCCACCUUUCCAACAAGUCAGUUUGUCAAAUUUCUGCCCUGCUAGAGCUGCCCCGGUCAACUGUAAGUGCUGUUAUUGUGAAGUGGAAACGUCUAGGAGCAACAACGGCUCACCCGCGAAGUGGUAGGCAACACAAGCUCACAGAACGGGACCGGCAAGUGCUGAAGCAUGUAGCGCGUAAAAAUUGUCUAUCCUCGGUUGCAACACUCACUACCGAGUUCCAAACUGCCUCUGGAAGCAACGUCAGCACAAUAACUGUUCGUCGGGAGCUUCAUGAAAUGGGUUUCCAUGGCCGAGCAGCUGCACACAAGCCUAAGAUCACCAUGCGCAAUGCCAAACGUCGGCUGGAGUGGUGUAAAGCUCACCACCAUUGGACUCUGGAGCGGUGGAAACGCGUUCUCUGGAGUGAUGAAUCACGCUUCACCAUCUGGCAGUCCGAUGGACAAAUCUGGGUUUGGCAGAUGCCAGGAGAACGCUACCCCAAUGCAUAGUGCCAACUGUAAAGUUUGGUGGAGGAGGAAUAAUGGUCUGGGGCUGUUUUUCAUGAUUCGGGCUAGGCCCCUUAGUUCCAGUGAAGGGAAAUCUUAACGCUACAGCAUACAAGAUGUGCUUCCAACUUUGUGGCAACAGUUUGGGGAAGGCUCUUUCCUGUUUCAGCAUGACAAUGCCCCCAUGAACAAAGCGAGGUCCAUACAGAAAUGGUUUGUCGAGAUCGGUGUGGAAGAACUUGACUGGCCUGCACAGAGCCCUGACCUGAACCCCAUCGAACACCUUUGGAAUGAAUUGGAACGCCGACUGCGAGCCAGGCCUAAUCGGCCAACAUCAAUGCCCGACUUCACUAAUGCUCUUGUGGCUGAAUGGAAGCAAGUCCCCGCAGCAAUGUUCCAACAUCUAGUGGAAAGCCUUCCCAGAAGAGUGGAGGCUGUUAUAGCAGCAAAGGGGGGACCAACUCCAUAUUAAUGCCCAUGAUUUUAGACUGAGAUGUUCGACGAGCAGGUGUCCACAUACUUUUGGUCAUGUAGUGUAUAUUGGGUAGGUAGCUGCUGGAUCCGUCCCCAGUCCUGAUCUCUUUCCUAACCGACCCAUCCAUCACAUCCUGUGUUAGAGACAUUUCCCUUGACCUAAUAUUGAGCUUGUUAUUAUAUCUGUAAUUUAGUUGUGGGUUGUUGAUCUAACUGUCCUGGCUUUGUGCACCUUCAGUUUGUGAUAAUGUAGUGUGUGCAGUAGUGCUUCGUCUGCAGGGAACAAGCUUUGGUACGGGCUUUGAGUGUGUUUGAGUUGACUGCAUCUGUGAUGCAUUGUGGGUAAAUUGUGACAGACUGACUGAUCUACAAAUAACAAUGAGUAGUUACUUAUUAUGCAAGGUGGUUUGUAGAUCAGUCAGUAGGCAGUCGGCUGAACAAGCCCUUUGAGAGGGGGGUGGGGUUAUACUUCCUACUAGUUAGUCCAGAUUUGAAAACCUCACUAGGUGGCCAGCGUGAGAUUUUGUAAUGGCGUCUGAGAUGAAUAUAAGUAUAAUAUGCUUGUUUUCCCUUAGACGGCUAUGCCUUCUCUCAGGAUGAAAACGGAGCGGUGUCACAGUCCGACGUGAUCCGGUCGUACGACACCACCAAGCAGAGGCCCGAUCAGCCCCAGUGGUGAAGUCUCUCUCCUCCUCAGCGAUGCCCUCCUAUCACAUGCUGCACACAGCCCUCCCUAUUGGAGGAGGUUGACAGGAAGUCACCCCACAAAGUGGGCCGGUCAACUUCCUCCAGAAAGUCUGGAGUGAAGGCCCCGUCCAGAAACAACCCCCAAAGCCAGAACCCCCUGAGGAACUUCUGUUGAUCUGAGAAGACUGGAUAGGUGUCAGCAAUAUGGGGCGAAUUCCACUCAGGGAAAGGUGG